AUGGCUCGGGUCGAGAAGCCCUCUGCCUUGAAAGUGACCCCGGAGGAGAAAGCGGAGGUGAAGGUGCUGGUCGAGCGAGUAGUCCAGAUCGUCCGUGAUGGCGUGAGCGGCAUGGAUCUGUUGGAGGUCUUCCUCAGACGACACAUUCAGCCGCUUCAAGCUCGUGACCAUCCGAUGUGGAUGUACUCGGGCAUUGAUGAUACCACUCGGAUCCACCCAGAGGAAGUCGACGAGGAUACGGCCUUAACUGAAAUGUACUCGAUGCCCAACGGGGAGCAGGAGCAAGAUCCAGAAGGGGAGGCAAGCGGAGGCGAGAGCGGAGAGUGGCACUCUAAUGGAGAAGAGGAUGAGGAGAGCGACGACCCGAGUGAUGAAGAAGAGGUCGACUCACCUUCCCGUAGGGAAAGGCGAUCCAGGCACACUCAUGAUCCGGCACGCAUCCGUGGCAAAGCGACUGCGCAGACCGGGCAGUCGUCAAAGCGCCCUCGGACGUCAUCUCCAGCGCCGUCUGAGAAGGCACCGAAGCAACCGAAAGCUGCGCCGUCAAAACCGCAGAAGGCCUUGCCCAAGAUCAAAGUGGCCAUUCCCAUUGCUUCCGGUGUUGCUACCUCCGAGACUUCCGCUUACAGGAAUGAAGAUGAGGAAAUGGAAGAUGUAGUCACCUCCAACCCGGCUCCUCCCAAUGUCAUUGAUCUUCUAGAUGAUGACGAGGAUGUGCCGAUGAGGCCUCAGGGGAGAAGAAACAGGAAGGCAUCAGCUGGUAAAACGCCUCAGUCUACGUCGGCGACGGAAACGAAAUCCUGUGAACUUGGAGCUCGUUUUGCCGACCUGGAGAAGAAGCAGAUUCAGCUCAACCUCGACCUGGAGCUGGCCAAGAUAAACUUGCAGAAGGCCAAGGAUGAAGCCACGGAGACCCUGAACCAGGCUCUGGCGAAGAAGGAUCAGGACCUUGCAGCCGCACAGAAAACUGCUGAUGAGAAAACUGCACUCGUUGAACGGAAGCUGGCUUUAGUCGGCAAACUGGAGGAAGAGAACGCCAAGCUGAAAACUGCCCUUGAUGAAGCUAACAAGGAGGUGACUCGUCUGAAGAAGGGCAAGAAGGAUCUGACUGAAAAGAUGGAAGGCAUUGCUCGGAAGAGGGACGAUCUGGAGAGCUAUCUAGGAGGGCUUGCCAAGAAACUGUUCGUCAUGCUUGAAGAAUUUUGCCGGAACUUUGAGGAAGAGACCGGGCAAAUUGAGACAAACUUAGACCCCAUCCUCUCUCCUGUUAAAGACGAAGCUGCCAUGAAUGUGCUCCGAUUGGAGUCUCGUGUCGCUGGCGUUCUCGACUACCUUGCUCGACUGAAGGUUGUGGUGUCGAGGAUCGAUACAGCACUCUGGCCAAGGACGACGCUUCCGAAUGACCUCAAGUCUUUGAUGACUCGACUUAAUGAGAUCCCCAGUCGAGUGCAGGAAUGGAAGAAGUCUUCUACUCGAUGCGGUGCUGAUGUGGCCCUGUCCCUGGUUCGUGUCCAUUGCAAGGAAGCGCGAGAAGAGAAGCUAGCGGCAAUCAAGGUGGCCAAUACAAAAAGCUCUGAGGAGAAGGUGGCAUUCGACCUGCACGUCGUCGUCCUUGCUGAUAAGGAUGGAGCUCACGUUGUACUUGUGGCGUAG